AUGCACUUUGCCACACUUUCCUCCCUCCUCUUGCUAGCCAUCUCUCUUCCACUCGCCCUUGCCCAUCCAUUCAACGACAAUGGCCUCGACGGACGUGAUAGUCCUCCCUCCCCAAACGUAGAAGACGUCACAAAUGUCGUCACCGAUAUCGCUAGUCACGCACCCAUCGCUGUACCCCCCAACCAACGGGGCGACACUUCCAGCGAUGAACUAUUUGGCCGGGACGACGCUGAAGCCAGCAUCAGUAAGGGGUUGCAUGACGCGGCGGACGAAGCUACUUCGCACACACCCAGGGCCCUUCAGAACAUCGUGCGAGACGACACCCCUGUCCCACUACCUAAAGACGCUCCCAUCAAGCCCGAGGAUAUCAAAGACGCUGUCUCCCAGGUUACUAAGGACCCAACUAACGCGCCGAACGUCAUAAAGGAACACGUUUCCGAUGCGAUUCCUCAUGAACCCAAACCCAGCGCUGCCCCGCCUGCCAGCAAGAGAAACAUAAAGUCUCUACUCCAUCAAAUCGUUGGCGGCGCUCGCCCCGACCAAGGCGAUUCUCCCAACAGGCGAGACGGAACAUCUGACUCCGACUUCCCUGACGAAUAUCUCCAGAAAGUGAAAGAUGUCAAAAAUUCAAUCGUGCCCGCUUAG